AUGUUCUACGACCUGAACCUCCCUUGGUCCGCUAAGGACCCCGAGUUGCCGCGCACCGUCGCCUUCCUCGCCGAUCUGGGCUACAACGUAGUCGCCCUGUCCCAUACGCUGUCGGGCAAGCUCCCUGCCGACCUGACAUGCCCAAUCCCCGAUCCGCUGCCUUUCGCGGUCCCCAAUGACGUCCGGAUCCUGCGCCGCUGUAACCUCGUCCUGGCCGACUCUGCGCAGAACCACCGCGUCAACACCCUCGCUCAAGCCUACGACGUGCUCGCCGUAAGACCCGUCGACGAGAAGACGCUGCAGCAAGCAUGCCAGUCGUUAGACUGCGACAUCAUCUCCAUCGACAUGACCCAGCGCCUUGGCUUCUUCUUCAAAUUUAAGAUGCUGUCGCAAGCCAUCGAGCGCGGCGUGAAGUUCGAGAUCUGCUACGCCCCAGGCAUAAUGGCGAAGGACAGCUCUGCGCGGAGGAACCUCAUCAUGAACACGACACAGCUGAUUCGCGCCUCAAGAGGUAGGGGUUUGAUAAUAAGCAGCGAGGCUAAGUCUGCCGUUGGCUGUCGAGCGCCUUGGGACGUGGUCAACCUUGCUGCAGUCUGGGGCCUAGGCCAGGAGCGCGGCCACGAGGCUGUAUCGAAAGAGGCGCGCGCUGCUGUCGUCAGCGCUCAGAUGAAGCGGACUAGCUUCAGAGGCGUCAUUGACGUUGUGUAUGGAGGCGAGAAGCCGGAGAAGAAAGAGAACCAGCCCAAGAAUAAGCAGGAAAGUCAGAAACGUAAAGCUGAGGGCAUGGCGAAGAGCUCCGAAACCGCCGCCGAUCAGAGCAAGCCUCCAUCAAAGAGCCAACUCAAGAAGCAGGCUAAGAGAGCACGUCUCGAAGGCACCAAGCCCGCCCAGCCUGACAACGAAAAGAAAACUACGGCAGCAGAACCGAUGGAUACGUCCUGA